ACUCUCUCAAUUUUGGUUGAUGGAAAGGGGAUUAUAAAGGGAAGUUGUGUGCCACUUGAAUACAAAUACACCUCAUAUUUUUGCCGAAAAACUCGAAAUCUCAUUGUAUGGGUGUCAUCUUGCGCCUACUUCCGGAUCCCCGCAUUUGUAUACUACACUACAAUACCGUAUGCUAUAUCCGACAUUCCUGACGCUUAAUAAAGUCCUGCAUACCGAACUGUCCGACCGUUCUUUGAAUUCGUUCUUACAAAUACUGUGACUUGUGAAUAUAUCGCUGUCUGCUCAAACCGAUAGAAAACAUCAAGUUCAACAUCAUGUUCUGGGGAAAAGACAAAAGCGACAGUGACAGCGACGAAGUUCCCCGUGUCCGUGAGGAGUCUCGUCCAGAAUCCUUGAGAAGCCAGAUACCACGCCAGAAGCUCUCUCGCGAUCUACAGAAACUCGUCGACCGGGAAGAUGACUACUAUGACGAAUUAUACUCCCCAUAUUCUAUCGAUUCCACAAACACCAAGUUCAGAUAUGCGGCCUACGUCAAUCGAAUAAGAACCAUCUUGCUAUCCGCCCACCGCUAUGUCGCUUAUACUUCAGAUAUUGGCGAAUCGUUUCGUCCUGUCGCGCAUCCGUAUCUUGUUCGAGGUGCCUAUGCCAUUUCAUGGACAUAUAUCCUCGGCGAUGUAGGCCACGAAGGAUACAAAGCUUAUUUGCGUAAUCGGCGAGCAGUAAUUCCCCCCGGAGAGGCAUAUAAGGAUGCCACAGACCUGAAAGCAAACCACGUUAUGCUGGGAAUGGCUACUGGAAACAUUGGCGGUCCUUUAACAUCAGAAUCUGGACCACGCACCGAAUCGGAAGGUGGUGAUAAGUCAGAUCCGUUGGUUCCAUGGGCGACAACACGUAUCCCAUUGAUUGAUGAUUACCGAAUGGUUAUGGCAAAGCGUGCUGUUUUCCAGAGUAUCGCGAGUAUGGGAUUACCUGCAUUCACUAUUCACUCUGUUGUGCGAUACUCGGGCCGCGCUCUUAAGAAUUCGAAGAACACGCUUAUUCGCACCUGGGGUCCAAUCGGCCUGGGCUUGAGUGUUGUCCCCAUGUUACCAUACCUCUUCGACGAGCCUGUCGAGCAUGCCGUGGAGUGGUCAUUCGAGAAAUUAUGCCGUGCCAUUGAAGGCGAGCAAGCAGUUACGCCAUCACCUGCAUCUCGAGAUCUACCAGCAGACCAGGCAUUGCCGCUGAGCCAGGUACUUGCUUUGCAAGAACAAAAGAAACGCCAUGAGGGAGAUAUCGAGCCUUCCUGGGAAGAAUAUAAAGCAGAUCGACAACGUGAAAGAACUGAACGUAAAUCGAGCGGUGGAGUGAGUGGUUGGUUCGGAUUCGGCAAGGAAAAAGACGAGUAGGUCCAUAGCUGUGGAAUCGGCAAGGGUGGUCAUUUGCAUAUUCAGCGUUUCAUAUAUCUCCUGUCUGGAAAUAUCUCCUUACACAUUUCCAUUCUCAUAUUGUACAAAUAUCAGCAGCUGCUGUAUUAUUCUUGCGUUAUCGUUUCUCUUGUGUACGAUUCGGAUACCAUUAUUAGAUAUUUUGCAAUGUAUAUCGAGUAGUAUAACACAGUGAAGAAGACACGAUAUAAACGUGCAUC